GGGAAGGCGGAAGCUCCGGUGAGUCCCUUUCCUAGACGCUGGAUGCCAGGCCCGACUAACAACCUACGGGAGAGCGAGCCUCCUCUGGGUGACUGAGAUGCUGAGACCAGCGUGGUGGCUGAGGGAUAUCCCGCUGAGUGGGCGGCGCGCGGCCUCUUCCGGUUUCUGAGGGGGUUCGGGGCCUCUUGAUUACGGCCGCUGCGCGCGUUGCUGCGGCUCCCGGACCCGGAAGAGGCAGCGUCAGCCGGGCAACAGCUGCGAAGAACCUCACUCUCCACGUGCUGCUCGGGCUCUCUGCUCCGUCCGCGGUUCUGCGCCCGGGCCAUGGCUACCGUCUGCAACUCUCUCCCCAGCCGGUCUCCCAGGACGUGCUUCGGACGUCCCCAGGUCCAGAUGAAGCGGCAAGCAGAGGCUACCAAGAGAAAGCUCCAAGUAUCCAGUGAGGCUCCACCAACAAAACGGAGGGAUGAAAUCUCCUCUCUUUCAGCCAAGAAAACCAGUGAUGAAGAAACUCAGAGAACAUUUAAGGGGAGUGAACAGAAAAUAUUUCCUCCAAAGAAGUAUUUGGAUAGUACAGGCAGUGGAAAGCAAGAGGAGAAGCCAUGCGUCAAGACUUCGUCGCUGUUUAAAAACAAUCCUGAGAUCCCAGAACUCCACAGAACUGUAGUGAAGCAGGCUCGAGAGCAAGUGUUCACUCUAGAAGCUUUCCAGGAGCUGGACCUCCACCCGCAUCUAAUUUCCACAAUAAAUACAGUUUUAAAAAUGUCACGUAUGACCAGUGUUCAGAAGCAGAGUAUCCCAGUGCUGCUGGAAGGCAGAGAUGCCCUUGUGCAAUCCCAGACGGGCUCAGGUAAAACUCUUGCCUAUUGCAUCCCUGUGGUCCAGUCUCUUCAAGCUCUGACAUCAAAAAUACAGCGUAGUGACGGCCCCUAUGCUUUGGUCCUAGUGCCCACUAGAGAGUUGGCUCUGCAAAGCUUUGACACUGUUCAGAAGCUGCUUAAGCCGUUCACCUGGAUUGUUCCUGGAGUGUUGAUGGGCGGAGAGAAGAGGAAGUCAGAAAAAGCUAGGCUCCGCAAAGGCAUUAAUAUCCUUAUCUCAACUCCUGGCCGUCUAGUGGAUCAUAUAAAAUCCACAAAGAACAUUCACUUUAACAGAAUACGGUGGCUGGUUGUGGAUGAAGCAGACAGGAUCUUGGAUUUGGGUUUUGAGAAGGACAUCACAGUCAUUCUGAAUGCUAUAAAUGCUGAAUGUCAGAAACGUCAGAAUGUCCUGCUGUCAGCAACACUCACAGAAGGUGUAACACGGCUAGCCGAUAUCAGUUUGCACAAUCCAGUCAGUAUCUCUGUCCUGGACAAAAGCUGGGAUCAGCCCAAUCCUAAGGAAGUUGCUAAUACCCAGCCAGACAGCUUUGCCAUACCAGAGAGUCUCGACCAGCAUGUGGUAUUGGUUCCCAGCAAGCUGCGCCUUGUCUGCCUCGCGGCCUUCAUCUUGCAGAAGUGCAAGUUUGAGAAGGACCAGAAGAUGAUUGUCUUUUUCUCAAGUUGUGAGCUGGUGGAGUUCCACUACAGCCUCUUCCUUCACACCCUGCCUUGCCUCUCAGGGUCCCUCACUUCGGAGCAGCUGCCAUCUGCCUCCUGGCCACUGACAUUCCUUCGGCUGCAUGGCAACAUGGAGCAGGAGGAAAGAACCUCUGUGUUUCACGAGUUUUCACAAUCUGGUACAGGAGUACUGCUCUGCACGGAUGUUGCAGCACGAGGCUUAGAUCUCCCACAAGUCACCUGGAUUGUUCAGUACAGUGCUCCAUCUUCACCUGCAGAAUACAUUCACCGAAUUGGAAGAACUGCCCGGAUCGGCUGUCAUGGGAGCAGCCUGCUCAUUUUGGCUCCUUCAGAGGCAGAAUAUGUCAACUCGUUGGCGUCUCACAAAAUCAACGUUUCUGAGAUUAAGAUGGAAGACAUUUUGGCUGUCCUGGCAAAAGAUGAUUGUUUUAAAAGGAGGCAGAGGGGAGCCCAGAAAUCCCAUGCCAUUGGCCCCCAGGAAAUCCGAGAGCGAGCCACAGUAUUGCAGACAGUGUUUGAAGAUUACGUGCACUCCAGUGAGAAGAUGGUCUCCUGGGCAAAGAAAGCCUUGCAGUCCUUCAUCCGAGCCUAUGCAACCUACCCCAGGGAGCUGAAGCCCAUCUUCCAUGUCCGAUCCCUACACCUUGGGCAUGUGGCUAAGAGUUUCGGGCUAAGAGAUGCUCCUAGAAACCUCAGUGUCUCUGCUGUUAAGAAGAAGAAAGAAAGCUGGAAAAGGCCCAACCCUCAGAGGAAGACCCAGAGUAAGCACCACCUUGUGCUUGCUGAAGUCCUGCGCUCAGAAUACUCCAGUGGGCUGGAGGCCGAUGGCAUGAAGGGCAGAAAGCAAGGCAAGCUGCAGAGCUUCCAGGUGGCACCCAGCAAGCCCGGGCUGUGGAAAGAAUGAAGCUGCUUCUACAUCCAGAAGGCUCACCACUGCCUAGCAAACUUCUAUUGAUUGUUUUAAAUUUCUAUAGGACCAGAUCAGGGUGGAUCCAAGAUGGCUUGAGAUUGGUGUCCUGUUCUUUUGAAAAAUAACUAGCACCUCUCCCUGAGUGGAGGCUCGCAGGAACACAGACCUCACCUGUUGAAGGACACCUGAAGGAAAGCAGCAGGCAGGGGCCAGUGCUACACAGUCACCACCUUUGCCCAGGCCUCUUGUGAGAUUGUCCACAGGGAUAGCAAGCAUCCUGUGCCUCAGGCUGAGGAGUGUGGUUCCUGGGAAGCUUGCCAGAGGAAGCAGCCACAUGUGUAUUGCAUGAGUCUUGUAGGAUGGAAUGUUUAAACUGGAAUUGAACUUGUACAAAAGGAAAAAGUAUUUGUUGACUAGUUAUUUUCUAAGUCCACAUGUUUUGUUAGGAAGGCCAAGAGAGCUUUUACUUUGGGUCAAAACCUGCAUGUGUUGGCAGCAACGCUGCUUUCUUCUAUAAGCACGGCACAGUGUCAUGUGCAUUGCCCCCUUCACCCCCCCGUUCAUAUCCGCAUACAACUCGCUGUCUCUGGGUUAAUUGGUUUAUUGUUGCCUUUUUAUUAUUUGCCUUUGAAAUCAAAGGGCACCAGUACCGAGUGAGCUUGCCUUUUGCCAUCGAAACCUGUCUUCUCUUCGAGGUCUGAGGUCUUUGUGUGUGACCUAGACCCAGAACCCACAAACCAUUGUAUUUCUGAAAGUUUGAAAGAGGACCCCCAGAGCGUAUUGAUUUCCCAAUAAAUGUUAAGACUUGGACACUGCAGAGGGCUCGUGAGAGAAAGGGUUAAAGCUCUGCACGCUGUGUUCAGACACCACGCUAUGCCUGCUUUCCUCUGGCUUACUGUGUGCCUAGCCCACCCAGGUCCUCCAAAGCCCUAGGGUAAGUGCUACAGUGCCCAGGCAAGGGGGAAGGUCAGUGAACACCCACACUAGGAAAAACCCCUGUGGAUGGUAAGCAUGGCCUUGCCAGGGCUGCAGUCACCAACAUCAGCAGUCUGGUUGGUGAGAUUUGUAAGGGUAAUUUGAAGCUGCAGCAGGUGUUGAACUGACUGGACAAAUCAGCCACCUUUCUUUGGAUUUGUAAUGACUCACGUGCUUCUGAUGGGAAAUGAGGGAUCAGACUAUCAAGAUUCAGCCAGCUGUGUGGAAACAGGUUUAGAUAAUGUAGUCAGGGAUGGCUACCUGAAAACCUGCAUCUGCCUCCCAACAAAUGGCCCCUAACAGCUCAGCUGCAGCACUGUGAGGUGUGCUGGGACAUUACUGAAAUAACAGUGACUCUCACCCUAAACUUGAAAUGUGCACAUGUAGUUUUCUAACUUAGCAAGGGCAUCCUGUAAGAGAUGCUGGGUACCCAGUCAAUAAGGAGACAGACUGAGCGGAGUAAGGGUUAAUGUUCUCUAAAUGUAAACAACCUUAAAAUGACGCUCACGGAGGAUCUUCAUCGGUUGUGCGUCCCAGGGAUCAGUUGGACACAGUGUUAUCUCAGUGUUAGUCUGAUUCUGUGUAUUUUCAAUCAGAACUUUUUCUGCAGUCCCAGACUUAGCGUUUCUCUGACAUCAGCCUGGUUGCCAUAUUAAAGUCUCAGAAGAUUCAGA